AGCCUGGAGUUUUCUUGCCCUCUGCCGACGACGGGAGCAGAGCCUCCGCUGGUGUUGGAAAAAGCAGGCCGAAUGAGGCAGAGAAGCUGAGCGCUGUCUGGAAAGCCCACAUAGAGCGGCACAAGGCAUCAAGAGCCCGUGGGCUGGGCAGCAGGGAGCAGGGCCUGGUGCUGAGGAUGGCCAGGCAGCAGGCGCCACCCUGGGUCCACAUAGCCCUCAUCCUCUUCCUCCUCAGCCUCGGAGGGGCCAUUGAGAUUCCGAUGGAUCCAAGCAUUCAGAAUGAGCUGACCCAACCCCCAACUAUCACCAAGCAGUCCGUGAAGGACCACAUCGUGGACCCACGUGAUAACAUCCUGAUUGAAUGUGAAGCUAAAGGCAACCCCGCCCCCAGUUUUCACUGGACUCGGAACAGCAGAUUCUUCAACAUUGCCAAGGACCCUCGGGUGUCCAUGAGGAGGAGGUCUGGGACCUUGGUGAUCGACUUCCGCAGUGGUGGGCGUCCUGAGGAAUACGAAGGGGAGUACCAGUGCUUUGCCCGCAACAAAUUUGGCACUGCGCUUAGCAACCGCAUCCGCCUGCAAGUGUCCAAAUCUCCCCUGUGGCCCAAGGAAAACCUAGACCCCGUUGUGGUUCAAGAAGGUGCCCCCUUGACACUGCAGUGCAACCCCCCACCCGGCCUCCCGUCCCCCGUCAUCUUCUGGAUGAGCAGCUCCAUGGAGCCCAUCCCCCAGGACAAGCGUGUCUCCCAGGGUCAUAACGGGGACCUAUACUUCUCCAACGUCAUGCUGCAGGACAUGCAGACCGACUACAGCUGCAAUGCACGCUUCCACUUCACCCACACCAUUCAGCAGAAGAAUCCCUUCACCCUCAAGGUCCUCACCACCCGAGGAGUUGCAGAAAGAACGCCUAGCUUCAUGUAUCCCCAGGGCACCUCAAGCAGUCAGAUGGUACUACGUGGCAUGGACCUGCUGCUGGAGUGCAUUGCUUCUGGAGUCCCAACACCAGACAUUGCAUGGUACAAGAAAGGUGGGGACCUCCCAUCCAACAAGGCCAAGUUCGAGAACUUUAACAAGGCUCUGCGCAUCACCAAUGUCUCUGAAGAGGACUCUGGGGAGUAUUUCUGCCUGGCCUCCAACAAGAUGGGCAGCAUCCGGCACACGAUCUCGGUGAGAGUAAAGGCUGCUCCAUACUGGCUGGAUGAGCCCAAGAACCUGAUCCUGGCUCCUGGUGAAGAUGGGAGGCUGGUAUGCCGAGCCAAUGGGAACCCGAAGCCGACUGUGCAGUGGAUGGUGAAUGGAGAACCUUUGCAGUCGGCACCACCCAAUCCCAACCGUGAGGUGGCUGGAGACACUAUCAUCUUCCGGGACACUCAGAUCAGCAGCAGAGCAGUGUACCAAUGUAACACAUCCAACGAACAUGGCUACCUGUUGGCCAAUGCCUUUGUCAGUGUGUUGGAUGUACCUCCUCGGAUGCUGUCUCCCCGGAACCAGCUCAUCAGAGUGAUCCUUUACAACCGGACACGGCUGGACUGUCCGUUCUUCGGGUCUCCCAUUCCAACACUCCGAUGGUUUAAGAAUGGGCAAGGAAGCAACCUGGAUGGUGGUAACUACCACGUCUACGAAAACGGCAGUCUAGAAAUCAAGAUGAUUCGCAAAGAGGAUCAAGGCAUCUACACCUGUGUGGCCACCAACAUCCUGGGCAAAGCUGAAAAUCAAGUCCGCCUGGAGGUCAAAGACCCCACCAGGAUCUACAGGAUGCCUGAGGACCAGGUGGCCAAGAGGGGCACCACAGUGCAGCUGGAGUGCCGCGUGAAGCAUGACCCCUCCCUGAAGCUCACAGUCUCCUGGCUGAAGGAUGACGAGCCACUCUACAUUGGAAACAGGAUGAAGAAGGAAGACGACUCCCUGACCAUCUUCGGAGUGGCAGAGCGGGACCAAGGCAGCUACACGUGCAUGGCCAGCACUGAGCUGGACCAGGACCUGGCAAAGGCCUACCUCACUGUUCUAGCUGAUCAGGCCACUCCAACUAACCGUUUGGCUGCCCUGCCCAAAGGGCGGCCAGACCGACCCAGGGACCUGGAGCUCACUGACCUGGCCGAGAGGAGUGUGAGGCUGACGUGGAUCCCCGGGGAUGAUAACAACAGCCCUAUCACAGACUACGUCGUUCAGUUUGAAGAGGACCAGUUCCAACCAGGGGUCUGGCAUGACCACUCCAAGUUCCCAGGCAGUGUCAACUCAGCCGUCCUCCAUCUGUCCCCAUAUGUCAACUACCAAUUCCGAGUCAUCGCUGUCAACGAGGUUGGAAGCAGCCACCCCAGCCUUCCAUCUGAGCGGUACCGAACCAGUGGGGCACCCCCUGAGUCUAAUCCCAGUGAUGUGAAGGGCGAAGGGACAAGAAAGAACAAUAUGGAGAUCACAUGGACGCCUAUGAAUGCUACCUCUGCCUUUGGUCCCAACCUACGCUACAUUGUCAAGUGGCGACGGAGAGAGACCCGAGAGACUUGGAACAAUGUGACAGUGUGGGGUUCUCGCUAUGUGGUGGGGCAGACCCCUGUCUACGUACCCUAUGAGAUCCGAGUCCAGGCUGAAAAUGACUUUGGGAAAGGCCCUGAGCCUGACACCGUCAUUGGGUACUCGGGAGAAGAUUUACCCAGUGCCCCUAGGCGUUUCAGAGUCCGACAGCCCAACCUGGAGACCAUCAACCUGGAGUGGGACCACCCAGAGCACCCCAACGGAAUCCUGAUUGGAUACACUCUCAGAUACGUGCCCUUUAAUGGAACCAAACUGGGAAAGCAGAUGGUGGAAAACUUCUCUCCCAAUCAGACCAAGUUCUCGGUGCAGAGAGCAGACCCCGUGUCACGUUACCGAUUCUCCCUCAGUGCCAGGACACAGGUGGGCUCUGGAGAAGCAGCCACAGAGGAGUCCCCAGCACCUCCAAAUGAAGCUACUCCAACUGCAGCUCCUCCCACGUUGCCCCCGACUACCGUGGGUACCACAGGCCUUGUGAGCAGCACUGAUGCUACUGCCCUUGCUGCCACCAGUGAAGCCACAACAGUUCCCAUCAUCCCAACCGUCGUACCUACCACCGUCGCCACCACCAUUGCCACAACUACUACAACCACUGCUGCUGCCACCACCACCACUACGGAGAGUCCUCCCACUACCACCAUUGGGACUAAGAUUCACGAAACCGCCCCCGAUGAGCAGUCCAUUUGGAACGUCACGGUGCUCCCCAACAGUAAAUGGGCCAACAUCACCUGGAAGCACAAUUUCAGGCCUGGAACUGACUUUGUGGUUGAGUACAUCGACAGCAACCAUACGAAAAAAACUGUCCCUGUUAAGGCCCAGGCUCAGCCUAUACAGCUGACAGACCUCUUUCCCGGGAUGACGUACACGUUGCGGGUGUAUUCCCGGGACAACGAGGGCAUCAGCAGUACCGUCAUCACCUUUAUGACCAGUACAGCUUACACCAAUAACCAGGCAGACAUCGCCACCCAGGGCUGGUUUAUCGGGCUCAUGUGUGCCAUCGCCCUUCUGGUGCUGAUCCUUCUCAUCGUCUGCUUCAUCAAGAGGAGUCGUGGUGGCAAGUACCCAGUGCGAGAAAAGAAGGAUGUCCCCUUGGGCCCUGAAGACCCCAAAGAAGAAGAUGGCUCAUUUGACUACAGUGAUGAGGACAACAAGCCCCUGCAGGGCAGCCAGACAUCUCUGGAUGGCACCAUCAAGCAGCAGGAGAGUGAUGACAGCCUGGUGGACUACGGCGAAGGUGGUGAGGGCCAGUUCAAUGAAGAUGGCUCCUUUAUCGGCCAGUACACUGUCAAAAAGGACAAGGAGGAAACCGAGGGCAAUGAGAGCUCAGAGGCCACAUCGCCAGUCAAUGCCAUCUAUUCCCUGGCCUGAUGGAGCGUCCCAGGCACAGCUCUACUUUGCAAGUAGGAGGGGAGAGGGGAGAUGAAGCAACUGCAGACCUACCACAAAGCCACAACCACCUUCAGGGACAAGGGUACAACACGGGGGUCUGCCAGGCUGUGAGGACCAGUGAUCACCCAGCUAUCCACAACCCCCUCCGAGUGAUGCCCCAUUACCCUUGGGUGCCAUUAGAUGGGAAAGCUAGAGUUACGUUGGAGGGAGCCCUAGUCCCUUGUCCUGUCUCACGGCCACCCUGAGCAUCCCACCACAAUGGCCACCCUUGAUCUCAGCUCACCCACAUUCAUUUCUAUUGCUUACAAUAUUUUCAUUCUCUCCUCUCU